AUGAAAGUUGUGACCUACCUGGUGAAGAAAGCCCACGCCAGAGGUCAGGUUAUUACCGUCUGUCAGCACAACAACAACCCAGUGUCUGGGGGAUCCUUCAGACUAAGCUGGGACAACGGCACUGUGAUCCACACACUCAGGCGCUCACUGCCCGGUGGGGAUGCCCAUGCUAAUUACAAGGCCAACUUGGACAAAAUCGCUUCCUGGGCCAACACCCUGAAGGACGCUAAUGGGAAGUCCAUCCCCAUCAUCUACCGACUGUUCCACGAGAUGGACGGUGAUUGGUUCUGGUGGGGCAUGAACAACAGGUGCCACAACACACCCAAGGAUGUACGAGAUAUCUUGAAAUACACCGUUUCCUACCUCAGGGACGUGAAGGGGGUCCAUAACUUCCUGUACAACUUUGCCAUCGAGUGCUUGUCGAACACAGACAAUUUUCACAUGCUGUACCCAGGGGAUGACUACAUUGACAUCAUUGCUGUCGACUACUACUACAAAUUUACCCCGACCACAACAAAGGAAGCCUUGAAGACCAAUCUUGCAAACCUUGUAGACAUAGCCGAAACAAGAGGGAAGAUUCCAGCUAUAGCAGAGGCUGAUCCGGACAAUGUCCUCAAGGAGAGUCUUAAUGGACGUCUUGAUUAG